AUGAAAACUGUUGUUGUUGAAGACAGCAAAUUUGCUAUCAAAGAACUUGCUCGUCCUGUUGCUACUGAAAAUACGAUUGUCAUCAAGAACCACUACAGUGCUAUUAAUUAUGCUGAUUCUUUUGAAUUAAAAAAGCCCACUACAGACACAAUUGGUUUUGAAAGUGUUGGUGAAGUGAUUGAGGUUGGUCAGGGCGUCACUUACUAUAAGAUUGGUGAUCGUAUUUACCAAGCUGAGGGUAAAUCUCAUGCUGAAUACUGUGUGCUUGAUGCAUCCAGCGCCAGUGUUGUUAAAAUCCCUGAUGAUGUCUCUUAUGAAGAUGUCAUUAAGUUUGGUAUAGCACAUGUUACAGCACUUGCUCUAACUGAACAAUCAUAUCACAUCAAGAAAGGAGACUAUGUGUUUGUUACUGCUGCUGCUGGCGGCGUAGGCUCUUUAUUGAUCCAAAUGAUCAACCAAAAUGGCGGUAUUGCUAUAGGAUCUGUCUCUACUCCUGAAAAGGCUGAGUACAUAAAAGCAUUGGGUGCCAAACAUGUAAUUCAAUACAAGGAUGAAGACAUUUUAGAAAGAAUCAUGGAGAUUACUCAAGGUCGAGGUGUUGAUGCUUUCUAUGAUAGUGUAGGUGGCUCCACUUUUGAAACGGGUCUUAAGGCCACUCGUCCCCUUGGUCAUUUGAUUGCCUUUGGUAUGGCCGAUACGUUGCCUAAGCCUGUUAGCUUCCAUGAUCUUUUUGCUAGAUCACUUCGAUUGCAUACAGAUUCGCUUUGGAAUUAUUUUGAUGAUAAGGAGCUAACCAAGGCUUUAAUUAAACGCCUUCUUGAAACAGUCCACAAAUAUGAAAUGAGUAUCUACAAGACUUAUUCCUUAGAAGAGGCUCCUCAAGCUCUUUAUGAUAUCUUGAGCGGAAAGACCACCGGAAGACUUCUUAUCAAAAUCUCUGAUGAUUAA